UUUGCGGGGUUCUUCACUUUCACGUGGCGUCUUGGUGAGGUCAUGUGUAAGGGCGUUCACUACGUCCAGAAUGUCUCGGCUAUCUGCUCCGUCACCACGCUUACUGCCAUGAGCUUAGAGAGGUACUACGCAAUCCUUCAUCCUGUUCGAGCCAAGUACGUGUGUACAGUCGGAAGGGCAAAGCGGCUUAUAUGCAUUCUGUGGGUAGCGGCGUUCGUGCUGGCCGCGCCAAUCAUCGCUGGCAGGGAACACAUGGAGAUUCAAGGAAUACACAGAAAGGCAACCUGGUGUAAGAAAAACUUCCAAUCUUUGGGACUUUCUAUCCUAUACGAGGUAUUCAUGUUGCUGGUCAUAUUUAUCAUCCCCGUCAUAGUCAUGUCCUUCGCUUACAUCAACAUCUGUAAGGAGCUCUGGAAUAUCGCCUCCCAACAACACUGUCCCUGUCCAUCAAAAGGCGAACUAAGCAAGACCAAUUCCGGCUGCAGUGAGAUGGUUACUGUAACAACACCAAGAAAGUCGAAAGACGAUAACAAAAGCAAGAAACAGGUUAUUAAAAUGCUGGUUGCUAUCAUCAUCAUAUUCAUCGUUUGCUGGGCCCCUCUACUCAUCAACAACGUCCUGGUGGGAUUCAAACUGUUGCCUGACCUUAAUAUCAACCACCACAAACAUAUUCGUGAGGCCCUCCACAUCAUGGCGUACUCAAAUAGUUGUGUCAAUCCAGUGGUCUAUACGUUCAUGUCCCGUAACUUCAAGGAAACGUUCAAACAAACCCUGUGUGGCUGUCUGCGCAAGCCCAGACGUUACAGGAAGAACACUUUGGAAGCGGGAACUUCACUCCAAAAUGGUAAAACAUACAAUACUUGUAUUAACGGAGAGACCAGCGUGAUUGUCAAUAGAAACGCAGUCGAGUUGUCUAAUUGUCGAUACGGAACCAACGCCGAAUCCGUGUAACACAACAGUACAUGUUACGCUAUACUACAACAUAGUGAACUCGUACGAAACUGUAGUAAAUGAGAAUAAACUCGUGUUUUUAAAUUGCAACAUACUGUGAAAUUAGAUAUUUUCGUGGGGCCCACAUUUCGCGGUUUCCCGAAAAAAAAAAAUCGUGGGUACAUGUAUUCGUGUAUUACGAAUACCCACUCAUACGGAGAAAGUAUUUAUGUCAAACUUUUAAUUACUGCGUGGGCCUAUGCAUUUUGGGGGAUUACCCCACGAAAAUGAGUGAGUUCACGGUAGUGUGAACUUAUGCUGUACUUUGGUACAUGACAUCAUGGUGAACUCGUGUGGUACUGACUGUACAAAAGAACGGCAAAAUGAAAGUUUGAGUAAACUAUAAGGUACGCGAUGAGGAACAACAAUUUCUAUUAGCUACCAUGUAUAUGUUAGAUAUAUCGGAGCAAUGUCAAAACUACGAUAGCGUGUGAACGAGACUACACUUACACGAAAGCUACAUGUAGCAUGGAAUUCAAAAGAACACAACAGUUUAUUUAAAAAAACAUGAUGAAAUAAAUAGUCAUUGUU